UAUUUUUAAUACAAUUAAAUAUUCAAUAAAAAAAUCAUCCAUCUCUAAGUUACAUCUUGAUAUCAUAAAGAGCGAACGUGUAAAAAUUCUAUGAAAGAAUGAUUUAUUUUUAUUGCGAAAAUAUAUAAGCGACUUGGUCAACGUCACGUGGGCAUGAAUUAAACCAGAUUGAACCUAUGACGGAAAGCGAUUUUGUAUGGCGUUUUUUCAAUCGAAGUGUCCCUGGAAACUUUCGAAUAUUGAGACCGCAUUCGAAACGAGGGGAAUUUAAUGGCGGUUGAAGAGCCCCCACCCUGACCUCGUAUGCAGAGACAGCCAAGGUGUCAACAGGCGAGGCUGAACGGAGUUUACACGAUAAUUCUUGUCUGUUUGUAUUUGCACAUUUAUUUUACUACUUAUCGGCUUGUCAUAACAAUAUCUGAGUCACGAUAAUCGGGAUACAUAUUUUCAAAAUAACUGGCGUUCAGAGAAUGCAACUGUUCAAAGUAUAGCACGGUGCAGAUUUUUUUGACGUGUAUGUGUGUAUAUGACACUUUAUAUGAGCUUUUUACAACCGACUUACUCAAAAAACAGACCAAUGAACGUGGAUGAUGAGUUUUACUUUAUCAAGCAGCAGUGAGGCGAAUAUACUGUAAUGGGGUGGGUCUUGUCCACCACACUAUGGAUUACAAUAUGGAGUUGCCUGUUGCGGGGCUUCGAAUUAGCUCCGCAGACAUCUCCAAAACAAAUUCCAUGUGAUAAAACUAGGAAAGUUUUUACUGAUUCUUGGGGGAUCAUUAGUGAUGGACCUUUGGGCUCAAAUUAUACUCAAGAUUCCCAUUGUGAAUGGCUUAUAAAAGCAAAUAACAGCCGUCAGUUUAUCACUUUAAGUUUUCGUACCAUGGGAACAGAAUGUAGUUAUGAUUAUGUUUUUGUUUAUGAUGGAGAUUCUUUUCGAUCUCCACUCCUAGGUAGUUUCAGUGGAAAAACAGAACCACAACAAGUGACAUCAUCAUCUGGUUAUAUGUUAAUACUCUUAUACAGUGAUACAAAUUAUGUUUUGGAUGGCUUCCAUGCAGAAUUUUCAGUUACAAAUUGUUCAAAUAAUUGUACAAAUCAUGGAAAAUGUAUUGAUAAUACUUGCUUUUGUGAAAAUGAUUGGGGUGGCAGAGAUUGCUCCAGAGCUCUUUGUCCAAAUAAUUGUAGUUAUAAUGGAGAGUGUGGUUUAAAACGAUGUGACUGUCAAAAUGGAUACUCAGGACAAUCUUGUUCAUUACACAGAACUCAUCCUGAGGGCAACAAAUGGCACUGGCUUUCUCAUUCAGAAGGUGGAUUAAGACCACGAGCAGCACAUACUGCAGUUUAUAUAAAAGAAACUGAUUCUCUUUAUGUGUUUGGUGGCUAUGAUUUGAAUUAUAUACUCAGUAAUUUGGAAGUGUAUCGAUUUAGCGCAAGUCAAUGGGAAGACGAGUAUGGUAAUGAACUAGAAGGCAUCUCAUCUGCAGAAUAUUUGGAUCCUAUGCUUCUUGCUACUGAAUUAAAACGGACAGAUGCAGAUGAAAAAGAAUUAUAUGGUCUUCGUAAAUCGUCCCUUAUGUGGAAAGUACUUUCUAGCAUUAAAGACAAUAAUACUUUUAGUUCACGUAAUCUUGGAAAUGCAGAAAAUGGACAUGACUGGUCAAAAUUUAGAAGUGCAGACCAUAAAGAUCGCGAAGAAAAAAUUCAUGAAGGCAGAAAUAUUGAAACAAGUAAAAGUACAGUUAGGAUAGAAAGAAAUGAUGACCUUAGGAGAAAACAUUCUAGACGUCCUAGACCUCGAUAUGCGCAAACUACAAGACAUCGUAGAAAUCUUGAGAAUCUAAAUCCCUAUCAAAAAUUUCAUAUAAAAAGUGGUGUAUUAAAUUGGGAAGAACAAAGUGCAGAAGAUUCUAUUAGAGACAACAUAUAUGCCCAAGAAUCUAAGACAAAAAAUGGGUCUACUAAAUCACCAAUUGAUAAAUUACCCACACCAAGUCCGCGAUAUGGUCACGCAGCUUGUAGAUAUGACGGUGGUUUUGUUAUAUAUGGGGGGAAAGUACAAGAUGGUUCUUUAUCUAAUGAACUGUGGCAUUACAAUGUUAACACACGCACCUGGACAUUACGAGCAAAAAAUUCUCCAUUUUAUCCACCGCAAUUAACAAGGCAUACUCUUACUUUAGCAAAUAAUUAUAUUUAUCUUUUUGGUGGUAGUACAGUUGACGGUGAAUUUUCGUCGAGUUUGUAUAAGAUUGAAUUGAAUUUAUCUGAUCCCACAGCAACCACGGAAAGAUGGAAAGAAGUACAUCCCCGAGGUGGUAAAGAAUUGGAUGUACGUGUAGUUGCACAUUCCACUGUGUAUCAUCAUGCUACUAAUUCUUUAUUAGUUUAUGGAGGAGUAGUAGCCAGUGUAGCACGUUUCAGUAAAUUAUCAGAUAGAAUGUUUGUAUUUCAACUUGACAGAAAAGUUUGGUCUGAAAUUCAUUAUCCGAGAGCACACUUGAGAGAUACUUAUGUUCCAAGAGAACGGGCAUUUCAUACUUGUAAUAUUAUAGGGAAUUACCUAGUUGUAUUUGGCGGAUAUUCUCAUAGACAUAAUAAAGAAGAAAUUUGUUAUGAUAAUCAGAUGUAUCUUUAUCACUUAGGCUGUCAUGCUUGGGUAAGCCAUGAUGUACUAGGUUUAAAUGACAAAGAUUCUCGUUAUCCAAAACAACAGGGAGUAUUUGCACAUGCAGCAGAUGUGCGGAAUGGAAAUACAUUGCUAUUAGUUGGUGGUUAUCAUGGAAACGUAAAUGCAGAUUUGCUUGCAUAUACAUUACCGCCAAUGCUUGCACCAGGAGAUGAAGAUGAUGUAGAACCUGAACAAAUAUGUUCAAGGCAUAAAAGUUUGAUGGAAUGCACAGCUAAUCCAGAAUGUGGUUGGUGUUCGGCAGACGAGAUAUGUUAUGGCAGAACUAUUGGUAGUAACUGUACAACAAAUCUUCAAACGACGCGUUGUCUAGGCGUUUGUCCUGCACUUGGAGAUUGUCAUUCUUGUUUAAUACAUGGCCAACCUGGUGGAGGAUGGGGUACAACUGCACGUGGAAAAAAAUCUGUGUCGAAUAAGCUAAAUCGCGGAACUUGUACGUGGUGUGUCCAGAACGCACGUUGUCAUCAUAAAGAUGAUAAUUAUGGUGUUUGUGGUCUUCGAGAUGAUACACCGUCACAAAUACCUGGAUGGUGGGGUCCGAAAGGCACAGAAAUUAUGAAAGUUGAAGAAUGUCGAGAAAUGGAUAAAAGGCCUGGAUUGACAUUUUUAAAAUAUAAACCCCCAGUAAACUUUAGUCAGCCUGACUCGGUAACAAUAGUUAAUGCCACUACGGUAGAUUUUAAUGUUCCAUCUAUGCAAGGAGCAAAAACAGAAUCAGCACUUGGAGGAGAAAUGAUUGCUAGAUUAAUUGGCUUUCUCAGACCACCUCAAUCUUUUUGGGAUAGUACAGUGGAGCAUUUGAAAAUUUGUGUCAGUUAUAAUAGUGCAACUUUACAUGUAUCAAGAAGCGAUGAUCCUCAGGAAUUGGAAUUAGUUGCAAAUUUAACUGCCGAGACAUCGCAAUGUAUUCCAACAAAAUGGCCAGAUGGACAUCAAAUGAUGUUGUUGCCAGGAAGAUAUUUAUUAGAUUUCGAAUCGAAGAGAAUGGUUACUACAAGUUAUGCAUAUGCUAGUAAAAUGGAAAUUACUCACAACAAAAAAACAGAGAAUCCAAAAGUAUUUACAUUUGAAUAUCUCGAACCAUUUCAAAAUGGUUCUUGCCAUCAAUAUAAAAAUUGCCUUCACUGUUUAACCGAUUCUUCGUGCGGCUGGUGUGAUAUCAUCAAUAAAUGUCUCUCACGUUCAAUUAACGAAACGGAAAGUUGUGUCGCUGAUGUAGAGUGGGAUGAAGAUGGGAAUCCUAUUCGCGAAUGGCAUUAUUUAACUAUCACUCCUUCAGCUUGUGCUAAUUGUUCUAAUUAUAUUUCAUGUGAAUCUUGUGUUGGUAGUAAUUUGUGUGAAUGGUGGACAGAAGAAGCUCGUUGUGCAAGGAUAGGUAGACUGCCUAAUGCAGUUAUUAGUUUUGAUCAAUGUCCAAUUCCUUGUAGACAACGUUCAAAUUGUACACAAUGUUUAGAUGAGCGCGGAAGGUGCGUCUGGUGUGAGGCCACUCAGGAAUGUUUUUCUUUUUCGGUAUAUACAUCUGAAUAUCAAUUUGGUUUGUGUCGAGAAUGGAUGGAUCAAGCUGGUUUAAUGGGAGUAACAUCAAGGUCUGGAUCAUCUUUAACAGGCAAUGAUCAAUGCAAAAGCUGUAGUCGACACACGAACUGUUCGAACUGCUUACACUCAUUAAGUUGUGGGUGGUGUUACAGUUUAGAAAACCCUAUUAUAGGAGCAUGUGUACAAGGAGAUUUUAAUCAGCCGCACGUCAAUUGUAGUUUAGUCAUCAAUGAAUAUCAAAAUACCACUUUAGAUACGGAUGAAUCAGGUUGGGCAUACGCUCAAUGUCCAGACGUCGACGAAUGUGAUUUAGGUUUGCAUGAUUGUCAUCCCAAUGCAGUAUGCACAAAUACUCAUGGUAGUUUUAGCUGUCAGUGUAAAAGAGGUUUCAAUGGAGAUGGCAAAGAAAACUGUACCAAGACUUGUUAUGAGAAAUGUGUUAAUGGUUACUGUAGUGAAGCGCCUGACUAUAAAUGUGAAUGUAACCUUGGCUGGACAGGGCCAGAUUGUAGAACAAAUUGUGGUUGUUAUAAUCAUUCCACUUGCUUACAAGGACCAGGCAUUUGUGAUAAGUGUCAAGAUUGGACAACUGGUAAAUAUUGUGAAGAAUGUAAAGCAGGCAGUUAUGGCAAUGCUACAACACCUCUUGGGUGCAGAAAGUGUAAUUGCAAUGAGCAUGGAGACAAAGAUUUAAACAUCUGUGAUCUGCAAACUGGUAUAUGCUUCUGCCGUGAUAAUACACAAGGAGAUAUGUGUCAACGUUGUAAAAAAGGCUAUUAUGGCGAUCCAAGAGAUGGCGGAAUGUGUUACUAUGGUUGUAUGUCUCGAGGUAUGCUUGGGGGAGAAGGAAAUGGCAAACAAGGUCUUGGCAGCAGACACUCACAGUUAUCAUUAUGGGAAAGUCACCUUGGAGAUUCUCCAACAAGAGAGUGUCUUUGGAUAGUAAGUCCAAAAACAGAUCUUUCAUCAGACAACAUGCUCUCAGGAACUCAAAGUGUCAUACAAUUUACUAUACAUGAUGAUAUUAAUGUUAGUUGCCAAGAAAAUAGUGUUUAUGUAUAUGAUGGACUUCCUCAAUUUGUUUCAUCAUCGACUAGUCAUCAGAGUCAACUUUUAGGUGUUUACUGUACAGAAAGUACAGAUUAUCCUGUUACUGUAGAAGCUAAGUCUGGAUUUCUUACUGUUCAUUAUAAACAAUUGAACGAAGUAGAAGGUUUCAAUGCAAGUUACUUGAUAAUGACAUGUAAUGACUGCCCCGGAAAUCGAGAAUGCCGUAAUGGUAAUUGUUUAUGUAAAGCUGGUUUUGUAGGAAUCAGCUGUGAUAUCGAAAUAUGCCCUAAUAAUUGCACUUCAUCUAAGAAACAAGGAAUUUGCGAUAAAGGUUACGGGCGUUGCGUUUGUACACCUGGUUAUGGAGGACGUGAUUGCUCAGUUAAGAUUAAAGAACAUCAGUUAAUUUUUACUGAGCUGUUUAACUCCGAAUACUUAGCCGAUCAUUUAGACCAUCUGAGAAAAACUUUACCGCGAUUUGGUCAUACGUUGGUUGCUGACAGAAGGGGUAGUUUAUGGAUGUUUGGGGGAUACUCUCUUAGUCAUGGUCCUUUAAAUGAUAUUAGACUUUUUGAUACUAAAAAUAAUACAUGGAUGCCUAUUACAGUAGAAUCUACUUCAGAGGCAACGAUGCCUCAAGGUAGAUAUUUCCAUGCAACUGAAAUAGUCCAUAGUAGACAACAAAUAUAUGUCUAUGGUGGUUUGUCAAUGAAACAAGAAGAUAUUCAAGGAUUAUCGAAUAACACUUUAAGCGACUUUUGGAAAUUUAGUUUGCAAAAUCAGAGGUGGAUGCAAAUUAUACAAGAUGAAUUUAAGAGAGAACCACCACUUUUGGCGGGACAUACGUUAACUUUACGUAGAAAUGGAGAAUCAGAAAGUCUAAUAUUAAUUGGAGGAUUUAGUCCUAAGUAUGGUUACCUCGAUACAGUAUGGGAAUUUAAUUUAGAAACCGAAGCUUGGGAUACAAUAAAUACAAUUGGAAAUGGACCAUUAGGAGUAUAUGGUCAUUCAACUGUAUACCAUAGCAAGUCAGAUAGUUUUUACAUUUUUGGUGGAUACACUUAUGCGAUAAAUCGAACAUUUAUUUCUAAUAAAUUAUAUGCAUUGAAUUAUAAAACUCGCACGUGGUCUGUACUUCCACCAUUUGAUGAUGAUCUUACUGAUGGAAGUAGUUUACCACAAGCUAGAUUUCUUCAUUCUGCUGUCACUACUGAUGAAUAUAUGGUAAUAUUUGGUGGUCGUCAAAAUCCACAUAAUACUUCUGAUUCAUUAAUUGCUUAUAAAUAUUCAUGUAAUUUAUGGAUUCGUUUAAUAACAAAAGACAUGGAAGUUAUUGGAAGUCCGCCACCACCAGCAUAUGCUCAUGCAAUGACUCAUGCUGAUCCAGAAUCUAAUGCUGUAUAUGUAGUUGGUGGUUUUGAUGGUGGAAUUAAAAGCCAUGUCACACUUAUAAGCAUACCGGAAGAUCUGUGUAAUCUUUGGACAGACAAAAUCACUUGCAGAAAAUAUUUUGGAUGUUCCUUUUGUUCUGUUAUCACAAUUAGUGGAAAAAAUGCUUCAUUUUGUUUCUCUAAUGAAGUAUCAAUUAAUAAAGAUGACAGAUGUGAUAUUAACGUCACACAAGCUCAACGAUCAAAUGGAAUUUUUUGUAAUUCAGAAUGGAUGGUCAGUAGAAAAUGUCAAAAUUUUAAAACUUGCACAGAAUGUUUAGCAGAAUGGCCAUAUUAUCAAAAUGACGAGCCAGUAUGUAAAUGGUGUACAAACUGUCCAAAUGGAAAGUGCAUACCGUCCGAAAAAGAUUGCGACGAAUUAAAUAAAUGCAAUAUUAGACAAAUAUCGGUAACAGAUGUAAAUCAAUGUGGAGAGCGACAAUGUCCAGCAAGUGAUUGUGAGAAAUGUAAUAGCCUUGAAGGUUGCGUGUGGACAAGGCAGGUUUUAAAAACAUCGGAAUUAGGACUUGCAGUAACGGGAGAACCCGUAUACGAUUGGAAUUGUGUACCAGAUGACAUUUUUGAACGAUCAAGUAUUAAAAUGGGAAGUACGCAAUGUGAAAAACGAUGCGCUGAUCAUAAAGACUGUAGAAGUUGUCUAAAAGGCACGGGGGCCGAAGGUGGUUGGCGGGAAUGUAGAUGGUCGACGCAGCUUAAUGAAUGUAUUUCUCCGUCAUAUCAACCUCUAUACUGUGCUGGCGGUGUAUGUGGACUAGUAUUACGUAGUUCCGAUAUGGAUCAUUGUCCUGAACCAUGUUCAGUUUUUAAACAAUGCAGUACAUGUUUGAAACACUCGCAUUGCGGGUGGUGUUCUCUGGAUUCAGCUAAUAUAACUGGACAAGGAAUAUGUACAGAAGGCUCUCUUGAAGCACCAGCAGACCAUCCAGCUGGUGGAACAUGUGGAAUGUUAUACGAUCAACAAUUUCCUCAAACUGAACCACAGUCUUUGGGAAUCCUAGAUAAUGUUACAAUGCUAAUCCCGAAUGUAAUAUUAAAACCAGUAUUUUCUUGGCAUUAUGUAAGAUGUCCACCAGAAAAUGAAUGUACGAACGGACACCAUACGUGCUCUCCAAAAAGUGAAAAAUGUUUCGAUUUAGAGGAAGGAUUCGAAUGCAUGUGUGGCGACGGAUAUAAAACUGAAACCCCAUCAUCAUUUAACGAAUUUGGGAGAAAAAUUUGUGUUCCGAUGUGUAUGCAAGGUUGCGUUAGAGGAACGUGUAUAGAACCAAAUGUUUGUCGUUGUGACUUUGGCUAUGUAGGUGCCAAUUGUUCAAUUCAGUGCCAGUGUAAUGGUCACAGCAAUUGUGCCGGCCCAGAUAGAUUAGAUGUUUGCUUAGAGUGCCAUAAUAACACUAUGGGACCACAAUGUGACAAAUGUUUGCCUUUGUUUGUUGGAAAUCCAGCGGACAAUGGACAAUGUGUUCCUUGUCUUGAGUAUUGCAAUGGGCAUACUCGAAUAUGUAUUAAUGAAAGCAUGACUGUACCGGAUCCAAAUUCAAUUGAUAAGAUGUCUAUAGAAUUAUUAAAAAAGCAAUUAGUUGAAGGCCCUGUAGCUAAAGCAAAAUGCGUAAACUGUGGAAAUAAUACGAAAGGUGACAAAUGUGGGGAAUGUAUGACUGGUUAUUUCAGAGGAACCGAAGAUCUUCGUGACGUAUGUCGACCUUGUGAAUGCCACGGACAUGGAUUCACUUGUGAUCCUGUAACAGGGGAAAAGUGUAAUUGUGGUAAUAAUACAGAGAGUGAUCCAACUUGUACCAGUGGACCUAUGAAGGGUACAAACACUGGUGGCUCACCAUGUUGGAUGGUGCAAUGCAGUAAAUGUAAAGAAAAUUAUGUUGGUAAACCAACUAUGGGUCAUCAGUGUUAUAAAACUAUAACAAUUGAGAACAAGAUGUGUUUUGAUUCUCAAUUAAUAGAUGAAUGUAAAAUGAAACCCAAACCAUUGAAUCCCGGUCAAACGAUAUUUUAUAUGGUACAACCACGUUUUAUGAAUGUCGAUAUUAGACUCAUGUUGGAUGUAACUCAAGGGGCUUUAGACCUAUUUCUUAGUCCUCGGGAUGAUUCUUUCGUUGUUACAUUAAAUUCAUCAACUGGAUAUCAAGAUGUCGAAUUGGAUAGCAGAUUUAUAUGGCGUAAGGAUCCACAUAAUAUAUGGUUAGAUAAACAAACUCAUAGCCAAAUGAAAAUUGUCGAAUUCCAUCCCCAUAACACGUUUUCAUUUGCUAUGAACGGCACUACUACCGAACCAACUUGGAAUACCGGUCCUCAAUACAUUGUGAUGGAACGCUACGCAAACGGUUUGAUUACGUUUUUAACAAUCGAGAAUAGAAACACGUUCUUGGUUAUUAGAAACCUUACGAAUCGGUUGAUCUUAAUAUUGCCACAGAACAAACAUGAACUUCACGAAACGAGAUUUCAUAUCGCAUUGAGGGCAAUUGAUCCUGUACAUCCGGAAAUCAGUGGUCGAGCAGCUUACGGGAUGAUUUUUUUUCGACAGGAUCAACUUCACAUCGAUUUGUUCGUCUUUUUUUCUGUGUUUUUCUCUUGUUUUUUCUUAUUUUUAGCUGGUUGCAUAGUCGCGUGGAAAGCGAAACAGGCGGCAGAUGUUCGAAGAGCGCGGAGAAGGCAUGUUGUCGAGAUGUUGCAUAUGGCUAAAAGACCAUUCGCAUCGGCUACCAUCAUUUAUGACCGAGAUGGUAACGAUUGUAAUGCAAGCUCGCCUCAACGGAAAAGCAGACGUAAUAAAUUAGUUAGCGUUCACAGUGACGUUAGACCGGUAGCAGUUGAGCCUACUGACGAUGGAGUAGCUGCUGUAGCUACUGUUUUCAUUAGAUUGCCUGGUGGUCGACAAGCUCCUGUUGAAUUAGCUCUUGGCAGCUCAUUAAUACUGUUAACCAGAGUUUAUCCAGUUAACAGUAGAGUGUUCCUAAGACGUAGAAACAGUCACGCGUUGAACUGAGCUUCUUUCUGUAGAGAUUUAUUUUCAUCUGUUCGUUAUUUUCACUUUUAAGUCUGCUUAUGCUCUCGAAACCUAUAGCAAAAGAAAUAUGUAGCUAUCAUGUUUAUUCUUUAUCUUUAUCGGUCGUUUGAUCUCAUCUUUUUAAUUAUUGACUUAUUUGUGGUAUUUGGUACGCGAUCAUAUAAAUUAAAAAUCUUUUUACGAAAAGCAUUUAUAUUUUUUGAACUUGUGUAAAUCGAAUCGACGAUUUCACUUGUUAAAUUUUAAUAACGAUGUUUGUCCUUCGUCAUCGUUGACAUUGUUCAAUGUCCGCCAGUAAUAUGAAAUGUUAGUCUGAUGGUUGUAUUAUAGUUCUAAAGUUAUAGGUGUAUUUGAACUAAAUGAUAAUAUAUAUACACACUCACACCUACAUAUAUAUUGUCAUACCAUUCCAUGACGAGACUGUAUGUUUGUAUAUAAAGAUAUGUAAUUAUGCAUUAAUUCGUAAUUUAUAUAAUUUUGUAGAAGAAUUUUAUGUAACGGGACAUGAUUUUGUGUCUUGAAGCAUUCGCAGCUACCUUCUGAGGAAAGUGGAUGAUUUUAUCGGUGUUUUAUGAAAUUUUGCAUUACCAUCUAAUCGAAAUAUACAUAUGAAAGGAAAUAUAAAAAAAGGCAGCUAUAGGUAUUAUUCUACUUAUUAAAAUCUUGUUUGUAUUCUAAUAUCUAGAAUGAAAUUGCCGAAAAAUUUAAUAAAUAUGAGAUUCUCAAUCAUAAUGUGCAAAUCUAAGUGAGUGACUAAGACAACUGAUGUUGUUAUUAUUAUGAAUGAAUUAUUAAAAUAUUAGUUAUCGAACAAAUUGUAAAGCUUGAAAUGAUACAAUAUUUCACCAUAAACGCUUUUAAGAUUAUAUGCAGUGCAACAAAAAUACGAUAGUAAUAUGUCAACUGGCACUGCUAUUUUCUAACAGUUAAUAAACAGGGUGAUUUUCAAAUAUGACGCAUAUUUUAGUAAAAGAGAUAUAGCAAGAUAAUAAAUUAAAUGUUAAGUAAACAUAUCAAUUAAUUUAGCAUAGAUCGAAUGGAAAUAUUUUGAAUUUGUAAAAGUCAUUCAUAAACUGAUCAUAUGCUCCAGAUAUGUUGACCACCUUAUAUUUCCAUGGAUCUUUUUAAAUUACUGUUUUUACGUUUAAAAUCAGUAUACUUUCAUGUGACUAAUUUUAAUUAAUUUUAUGAUCUUGCUAUAUCUGUUUUACUAUGAGUGCACAUGUUCAUGUGUUUGUAUGCUACAUUAAAAAGUAUGUUAGGGCUGCGAUCGAAAAUGAAUUGUAUCCGCAUAAUUAAAAAAACGAUCAGUAUUAGAAAAAGUUGAUUAGAAAGAAGCUCGAUAAUGCGUGCGUCGAAAAGGUUCCUAUGCCAAAAAAAAACUGAUGAGGAAUGAUAUGAGCGUCAUAGCAUAAUGACAUAUUAUUUAUGACAAGAAACAAUAGAUAUGUAAAAGAUUUCAAUUAGAGAAUGUUGUAAAUAUGAGGGAUGCACAUUGCAAAUGUUAAUCAUCGAUACCAUAUAAUAUCAUUUGUAAAAAUAUUAAUAGUACGAUAUCGUCAAUAAUGAUUUGUAUUUGGUGAAACUGAAAGCAAAACGCGUCCUUUAUCAAAAAUGAUAAACCAAGGUUACGUAUUAAUCAAAAUAUAAAAGUAAAACAUAGGAUGUUGAUGUAAUGAUAUUAAUAAUGCAUACUCUUAGGAUAACUAUAAUAAGCAAAUUAAUUGAGAAAGUGAGCGAUGUAGUGACAUAAGUAGGUGUAAAUAUCACGAGGCGUUUUAUGCUAAGCUGUUAUGCAGUAUCAAACGAGUUUAAUAUAUUCUGUACAGAUUGUUUCUCAGGAUAGUUGUUACAUGAUUUGAAUAAUUCCCACUGUAUUUGUAGAAAAAGUUUUCAAAACUAAAAGAUUUAUAUAUUAUUCAACUCAAUUUUUUUAACGCAAUUUAUUUUUUAUCAGCGAUAUAAUUAAUAUGUAUAGUAAUAUUUGAGUAAAACUAUCGUAUUUAUUCUUAACAAAUAAUAUAGGAUUAGUAAUAUUUUUUAAAAGUACAGUGUGAAAUUUUCAAACUACUUUUGGGAGCAUUCUAAUUAUGUCAUCAAUACGUUGUAAGAAUGCACGGUUGUUCCUUGAUUGUAGGAACGAUGAUACACUGAGUAAUUGCUAAGUAUGCAUAUGACAAUGCAGCACAUCCUGUCUAUUGAAUCUCCGAAUUUAUUUGUAUUUUUUUGCUCGUUUCAUAAGUCUCGUCAUCACGUAUCACGUCGAUUAUUUUUUUGUUAUCUGUUGCUAUAUUUCUCUGUAUUUCUCUCUCUCUUAUCUUACUAGCAUAUCAUUUUCAUGUUUCAUUUUCAUCAUGGUGUACAAUUUUAUUUGUUUAUCUUCAUGCGACCAACUAUCCUAAUAUUCAUCGCGAGAUUUGCGCGACAGCCUGUAAGCAUAUGUAUAAGAAUAAUACAAACUAACGUGUAUGUACAUUUAUAUAGAUUUACGUGAAUAGAGAUAUAUUAUAUAUAUAUAUAUGUAUACACAUACUAUAUAUACACAGUAAAUGUAUAAUUUCUCGGUUGUACAGAUCUGAGCGUUAUCUCCAAAAUGUUCUAUUUUAUAUAUGUAUAAUUUUUACAUUGCAUUCAAUGUAAGCGAUAUCUUCCAAUGCCGGCAUUGUAUCAUCGCGUAAACAAAAAAAAAAAAAAAAAAAAAAAAAAUGUUUGUAACAUUAUGAGACACCAUCGUUUAUAAAAGUAAUAAUGAAAAGGUUGUGAAGUCCGGGUGCCGGCAUCCCUACAAGGAUUCGCCAGCUUCGUGGAUUUAUUUGUACUGUGGGGAGGAAUCUGAGGUUGUGCUAAUGAAGAUUAAUGAGUUGUAUUGAGAAAGCUUUAAUAAACGUGUGUAAAAUUGGGUUUCA